AUGAAUAAAGAAUUUAAUUUAAUAAAAACAACAAAAACAAUUAAAAAAUUAAAUAAAAAAUUAUUUUUAUUAAAAUAUUUUGAACAAAAAAUUUGGCAAAUCCACAAACUGUCAACUUUUCUUUUUUGUUUUUUAAUUCUUUUAAAUGGACUUUCUGCUUCUCUUUCAGCUAUAGAAAAAAGUAAAUUGGCAAAUGAAUUGAAAAAAAAAAUCUCGACAAUUAAUUUAUCUUCAAUUUCUGAUGAAGAAGAAUUGACACAAGAACUUUUGUCUUUAUUUGAUUAUGAUAGUAGUGAAGAUAUACAAUUUAGUAAAGAUUUAGAAGAAGAAGGAGAAGAAAAUAAUGAAAAUAAUGCUCAAGUUUUAUUACAAUUAUUAGAUGUUAUUGAUGAAGAAGGAAUUGAAAUUGAAAAAGAAUUUAAUAAAACAAAAAAUGAAAAAGAAGAAAAUAAAAUAUUAAAAAAUAAUGAGGGGAAGGAGGGGGAGGGGAAGGGUUAG